AAAAAUGGAGGACGAAGUUGCUGCUUUGGUUAUUGAUAAUGGUUCCGGUAUGUGUAAGGCUGGUUUCGCUGGUGACGACGCACCCCGUGCAGUUUUCCCCUCGAUUGUAGGUCGUCCCCGUCAUCAAGGUGUGAUGGUUGGUAUGGGCCAAAAGGACUCCUAUGUUGGAGAUGAAGCUCAAUCCAAGAGAGGUAUCUUAACAUUACGUUACCCCAUUGAACACGGUAUUGUUACCAACUGGGAUGAUAUGGAAAAGAUUUGGCAUCACACCUUUUAUAACGAACUCCGUGUUGCCCCCGAAGAACAUCCUGUUCUCUUGACUGAAGCUCCUUUAAACCCUAAAUCUAACCGUGAAAAGAUGACUCAAAUCAUGUUCGAGACCUUCAAUGCCCCUGCCUUCUAUGUUGCUAUCCAAGCUGUUCUUUCCUUGUAUGCCUCUGGUCGUACCACUGGUAUCGUUCUUGAUUCCGGUGAUGGUGUCACUCACACUGUUCCUAUUUAUGAAGGUUAUUCUCUUCCCCAUGCUAUCUUACGUCUUGACAUGGCUGGUCGUGAUUUGACUGAUUACUUGAUGCGUAUUCUCGCUGAACGUGGUCAUUCUUUCACUACCACCGCUGAGCGUGAAAUCGUUCGUGAUAUCAAGGAAAAGCUCUGUUAUGUUGCUCUUGAUUUCGAACAAGAAAUGCAAACUGCUGCCCAAUCUUCUGCUCUUGAAAAGUCCUAUGAGCUUCCUGAUGGUCAAGUCAUCACUGUUGGUAACGAACGUUUCCGUGCUCCUGAAGCUCUCUUCCAACCUUCUCUUUUGGGUCUUGAAUCUGCCGGUAUCCAUGAGACCACCUAUAACUCCAUCAUGAAGUGUGAUGUUGAUAUCCGUAAGGACUUGUAUUCCAACAUUGUCAUGUCUGGUGGUACCACUAUGUAUCCUGGUAUUGCUGACCGUAUGCAAAAGGAAAUCACUGCUCUUGCUCCUUCUUCCAUGAAGAUCAAGAUUGUUGCUCCCCCAGAGAGAAAGUACUCUGUCUGGAUUGGUGGUUCUAUUUUGGCUUCUCUUUCCACUUUCCAACAAAUGUGGAUCUCAAAGCAAGAAUACGACGAAUCUGGUCCUUCUAUCGUUCACAGAAAGUGUUUCUAAAUUAUCCCCCCCCACAUCCCAACCAAUUACACAUCUCCCUUUUCUUACCCACAAUUUUUUAGUAAUAAAUUACACUCUAUUUAAAUCUUUUUUUUUUUUUUU